AUGUCGCCGAGCGCAGUCCCUCCUCUCGACGGUUCCUUCCGAGUCCUGCCUGGGUUCGUCGACUACCACCAUGUUCACAAUCCCGAACUGCCUGUCUUUCAGUUUGCGCGAGACGGCAGCGACGAUGUAGCCAGCGUUUCAUUCCGAGAGUUCGCCCGAGCUACCCAUCGUAUAGCACAUGCCGUCCGUCCGAAGGGCACCGGUAAGGACAGAGAGGUCGUAGCGCUCAUCGCGCACUGCGACACUAUCCUGUAUAUACCACUUAUGGUGGGGAUGAUACGAGCAGGAUUCGUGCCGUUCCCAAUCUCGCCCCGCAACUCGACAGCUGCCAUCUACAACAUGCUCGAGAAGACAUCAUGUCACCGCCUUCUUACCAACGCGUCCAUCCUCCAGCCACUGAUAGAUGGCUGCAAUACAGAGUUCACUGCCAAGGGCUACGAGUUGCAUAUCGAGGAGAUCCCGACUCUUUCCCAAGCUUACCCCAAGCUCGGGGAAGAGUCGGCUGCAGAUCCGUUUGUAGAGUAUCCACCCCUAGAAUAUGAGCCCGCCAUGGACGACGUCUGCCUGUACCUGCACUCAUCCGGGUCCACCGGGUUCCCCAAGCCGAUCCCUCAAACGCACAGGACUAUACUACACUGGUGUUCAUUCCCGUCUGUGACUGAAUCUCGUUACCACCCGCGCCCAGUCAUCUGGGGCUCAAUGAUGCUCCCCUCCUUCCACACGCUCGGGAUUUACAUGCAGCUCUACGCGCCGCUCGUCUCCGGCGAGGCCGUCGUCACCUUUCCGCCAAAGGCGCCCGCUCCCCCCGUCAUGCCCAACCCGCAAAACACGCUGGAGCACUGCCGGCGCGGCGGCGCCACUGCCGUCGUGGUCGUCCCUGCGUUCCUGGAGGUGUGGGCCCAGAAUCUCGAAGCGGUGAAGUUUCUGGCGAAGAUGGAGAUGGUCACGUUCGCAGGCGGCCCGCUGUCGUCGAAGGCGGGGGACGUGUAUGUGAAGAAUGGCGUGAAGAUUAACGCAGGGUACGGCGGCACGGAAUUCGGCGCGCCCGCGUAUAUGUUCGAUAUCGACCCGGAGAAUAAGGCGCCGCAUGUGCUCAAGAACCCGAAGGACUGGGCGUGGAUGCGGCUCAGCGAACGGAUGAAGAUGCGCUGGAUCGAUCAGGGCGAUGGGACGUACGAGCUGCACAUGCUGGUAUGUACGAAUGAGAAUCAUCAGGUGUCGGUGGAAAACCUGCCUGAUGUACGGGGGUACGCGACUUCGGACCUGUGGGAGAAACACCCGACGAUCGAGGGGCUGUGGAAGAUCGUUGGUCGCACAGACGAUGUGCUCGUGUUAGCAUCUGGCGAGAAGACCGUCCCGGGGCCCAUGGAAGGCCACAUUGGGCACAGCCCGAUGGUGCAGGGCACGCUCAUGUUCGGCCGCGGGCGCAACCAGGUCGGCAUCAUUAUCGAGCCGACGUCCGAGUACGUCAUCGAUCCCAAGGACGAGAAGGCCCUUGUCGAAUUCCGCAACAAGAUCUGGCCGGUGGUGGAGGAGGCGAACCGGGAUGCCCCAGCGUUCAGCCGGCUGUUCAAGGAGAUGAUACUCGUCGCCGACCCCGCACGGCCGCUCCCGCGCGCGGCGAAGGGGACGGUGCAGCGCAAGCCGACGCUGGCGUUGUACGAGAAGGAGAUCGAUGCACUUCUGAGCGCCACGUUCCUGCGAAACCGAAUUAUCGGGGCAUUACGGCUGUCGGUCGAUGUACCAGCCAAGCAGGCUCUUUCCGCUUUAACCCAGAACCUCGUCUACACCAAUCCGACGAUCAGGCAGCUGGCAUCGGCCGUCGCAGCACUGGUAUCUCCAGCUACCCUCAACGGGCUGCACGACAAGGCGCCUGCGAAGGCCAUUUCGGCCUUGAUCGAGAAGUAUUCGGCUGACUUCCCUAAUCCCUCUACGAGCAAUUCGAACUUAACCAGUACUGGCGGUGCUCUGGUUUUGGUUACUGGGACCACAGGGAGCCUUGGGUCGUAUAUUCUGGCUACACUCUUGGAGGACUCAAGGAUUGCGAAGGUCUAUGCGUUCAAUAGGAAGUCGCAUGCUGGGUCUUCGGUCGAGAGACAGAAAGCAGCGUUCGAGGAUAGGGGUCUGCCUGUUGAUCUGCUGUCGUCCUCGAAGGUGGCAUUCUUGGAAGGCGAUGCUACUGUGCAGAACUUUGGCUUGUCUGCGGAGACCUAUGAGAAGUUACACUCGACGGUCACACAUGUCAUCCACAACGCGUGGAGACUCGACUUCAACCUCUCGUUGUCAUCAUUCGAACCAAAUAUCAGAGCAACGCGGAACCUGAUCGACUUUGCCUUGACCGCGAAGUCGGGCGCGCUGGUGAAGUUCCUCUUCACCUCGUCCAUUGCCGUAGCCCAGUCCUGGGACCAGUCCAAGGGCCAAUAUCCUGAAGAGGUUAUCUCGGAGCCUGAGUAUGCUGUGGGCGCUGGGUAUGGUGAAGGGAAGUACGUCGUGGAGCAGAUACUUGCUAAGGUGUUUGAACACGGCCUCCAUAGCACGUCGCUGCGUAUCGGCCAGAUAUGCGGUGGGCUGCCGAAGGGGGCGUGGUCUACCAGUGAUUGGGUGCCUAUUCUCGUGAAGUCUAGCCUAGCGCUGGGAUGCCUUCCGCAGGCGAAGGGUGUGGUGUCGUGGAUACCGAUGCACACGGUUGCGUCGGUUAUCUCUGACGUUGCUCUGGCCUCGGUGGAUGUCCCGCUUGCUCUCAAUGUUGUCCAUCCACACCCAGUCGAGUGGAAUAGCAUUAUGGGAGACGUUGCGCAGGCGCUUAGCCCUGAAUCAUCGCCUCUGCCCGUGGUUCCCUUCGAAGAAUGGGUAGCCAAGAUCGAGGAGAAGGCCCUUAAGGCCGAGAAGGAAGACUAUGAGAGCAUCCCUGCAAUCAGACUUCUGGAUUUCUUCAGGAAGUUAGCGGAAGCGGAUAAGGCUCUGCAGGUGACUGACAAGGAAGACGUGGUAGAGGCUGGCGGUGUUGCGCGCUUCUCCACUGCUAAAGCUGAGGCGCUCAGCGAGGCUAUCAGAACCGUUGGUGCACUGACUAGUGCUGACGUGAAGAGAUGGGCUGCGUAUUGGAAGGGCAAAGCUUUUAUCUAA